AACGGUGUGGAAGGUUGUUUUGGUGUCUGAGACGGGUCUCCCGUUUAUUUUUUAAUAAUAAUUUUAAAGAAAUAACUCAACAAAAUGUAUAAACUAGAUUUGCCUGUCGAUUACAAAGAGGCGUCUGCCAUUGAAAGACGUCGAAAAAUGGAAGAAGACAGAAAGGGUAGAAUAUUUAAUGCGAAAAUCAGAACGAUUGGUGUUGACACUCAAGCUUUGACACAACAGGCACGUGACAAAGCCCAACAAGAAGAAUAUGAACAGAAACGACACGAGGCCUUUGCUGCCGAUGCUUUGAGAAAUGAUCGAAUAUCUCUGUUGCUGGAGAAGCGUCAACAGCAGGACAUGUACGAACUGAACAAGGCAGAGAAUGAAUUCCGAGCACUCCACCAGCAGGCCUGCAGCCGACGUGAGUGGGAUCUGUACGAUCCCGACUACCUCAAGAAGGACAAACCCGCUCGCGUCCACGACGACGAUCCCAGGUGCGGCAUCUCAAGCAUUCAGAAGUUUGACGGUGAAGACCUGAACAGCAAGGCGAGGAAAAAGUUCCAGGCCGAGCAGUCCAGGGAGUGGCAUGCUCAGCAGAAGCGUGAGCGCGAUCUCGCGGAGCAGUACCAGAAAGAGGCCGACAGGCUGUAUGAACUGAAGAUGCGUGAGCUGGACGCACGGGCCAUGGAGCUGGAGGAUGCAGAAAGACAGUGCAGGAGAGCAAUAGAUAUGGCCACGAAAGAUUACAAUGCUGCACAGGACCGUGAGAGGAAAGAGAAGGAAGCCCUGGCAAAACAACAGGAGCUGGAUGACAACAGCACAGAAAUUGCCAAUCAUAUAUUUGGUGACGUUCUAACAGAAAACCCCGCUGUGGCGCAGAGUGCAUUUGGUGCUCACCGGGUCAUACCGGACCGCUGGAAAGGCAUGAGUCCCCAUCAGCUGGAGGAAAUUCGCAAACAGCAAGAGAUUCAGAGGAAAGAGAAACAGAGGUUACAACAAGAGGAGGAGAUCAGAAACCGAGAGUGGGAGAGACAGGCGAUCAACAACGCACGCGCCGCUCUGCUUCUCGAGCGAGAGAGCGCGCGGAAGAAGAGAGAGCUACAGCAGCAGUUGGCGGACGAGAACCGGCGACUGGGCCAGGAACAGACCGACCACAAGAACUACUUGUACAAGGAAGUGUACACCAACCCUCCGACCGCCGCAUACUUCAUGCAGUUCAACACCACCACGCGAUAGAACGACGACGGGUAUUACAGUUCAUCAUUGAUGGAACUAUUAACAGACAUUACACUUCACCACGAGAGAGAGAGCGAGAGAGCUGUAAUAAGACAGUCGAUAAUUAUAACAACAUUCCACUUUAGCCAACACUUGUGAUAAAAAUGUUCACUUCCUGUAAUAUAAACUGUGUGGAUAAUAAUUUAUAAUAUAUACAUUUUUUAUCAAGAAAUUUGUAUAGAUUUAUUUUUAUGUAUAUAUGUGAGUCGGGAUUAUUUUAAAUGUGUAUUGAGCAGAUGUUGAGUAGAUAAUUUUAAGUAGUAAUCUGUCAAAUGUCCCAAUAAAAUCACCACAU